GGGGGGCAUGGGCGGGGCCGGCGCGGGCGGCCGCGCGGAGACGAGCGCGGGCGGAGGGCGCGGACCGAUCCGGCGCACGGACCAUGGCCUCCAAGUGUCCCAAGUGCGACAAGACCGUGUACUUCGCCGAGAAGGUGAGCUCCCUGGGCAAGGACUGGCACAAGUUCUGCCUCAAGUGUGAGCGCUGCAACAAGACGCUGACUCCUGGGGGCCAUGCCGAGCAUGAUGGGAAGCCCUUUUGCCACAAGCCCUGCUAUGCCACGCUGUUUGGACCCAAAGGCGUGAAUAUUGGGGGUGCUGGUUCCUACAUCUACGAGAAGCCACUGACUGAAGGCCCCCAGGUCACGGGCCCCAUCGAGGUCUCUGCGGUCCGAUCUGAGGAACGGAAGGCUGGUGGUCCCCCCAAGGGGCCCAGCAAAGCCUCUAGUGUCACCACAUUCACCGGGGAGCCCAACAUGUGUCCUCGUUGCAACAAGAGAGUGUACUUUGCUGAGAAGGUGACCUCUCUGGGCAAGGACUGGCACCGGCCCUGCCUGCGCUGUGAGCGCUGCUCCAAGACACUGACUCCCGGUGGGCAUGCUGAGCAUGACGGUCAGCCCUACUGCCACAAGCCGUGCUAUGGAAUACUCUUUGGACCUAAGGGAGUGAAUACCGGUGCUGUGGGCAGCUACAUCUAUGACAAGGACCCCGAGGGCACAGUUCAGCCCUAGAUCUGCAAAUGCUGUCCCGGGAUUCCCUACUUGACCCUAGGGAAAGUGACCUGCUGCCCAAUCCUGCCUCAGUGUGUCUUGCCUGCUAACCCAGGGCCUGUGUGGUAGAGGAGGAGGUCUCCUAGGUGUCUCCAGAGCAGCCUGGAAUCCCAGUCCUGUAUCUCAGUGUCACUUCAGCAUGUCCUCUGUUACCACUGCCCCUUUUGUGUUAGUGUGCCUCCAUGAGCCCAUAUGUCUUAUGUCCCCGUGCCCUCAUGUCCCUGGCGGCUCUCUUGCUCCAUCCCUGUUGGCCCAUGCCUGCCCACCAGUAUUAUUUAUGCUCUGCUUGCCGGUGAUGGCCACGUGCUCAUGGCAUUCCCAGGGUGGUGGCACCCUUGCCAGGCCCUCUGCUGGCUCCCACACUGCCCCCUACUCACCCCUCACAUGGUUCACAGCUGCUGAGAUUUUUGCUGUCAAUAAACACUUUUGGUUUGAGGAUUUGCAGGACCCAGUA